AUGAACUAUCCAAGCCCGAGGGCGCGCGCGGUUCGCGAUGCCGCGUUGAUCGCCCUCACCGGCGUUAUCGAAGACGCGCUGAGGCCGGAUGCGAAGGCGGAGGCGCCCCCGGGGGGUCUCCCCCGCGGGUCAGACCAAACCACCGCGGGAACGAGGGAACAUGAGCCCUCGCACGCCGCAAACCCCGCGAUCGAUCGCAUCGCGCGGAUUUUGGUCAACCCAAGUGGGGGAUUACUUCGCUUCCACCCGGGUUCGGCGAACCCUAUGGAAAAGCGAAACACCCCCGCCCACGAGACCCUUUCCGAGGGCUACUUUGAGUCCUGGGCCCCGAACGACGGCGAGGCCGAACCCAAAGAUUCCGACGCCCAAUUCAGGAAGCAAAAGGAAAUGUUGGAGGGUGUUCUGCACCGCGCCUGUUGUCGUCCGCUUCCACGCCGCAUUCCCCCUCCCCAAUCCUCGAAAACAAACGCCGACGAGGCGACUUUCGACGGCCCAAUGCCCCAUAUCCCAACGACGUGGGAAGGCGUCUGUUAUGUUCAGACGCGAUUGCCCGACGCCGCGAUUGUGCGUCUACCGCUGUCGGGGUUUCGAACCGGCGAAGAUGCCAAUCGUGAUGAGGAGAAGUGGGAGGUGUGCCGAUUAGCCGGUGGGGUGGAGCCCUACGUCAAUUUUGCCGUCGGGACCCCCCUCGAGGAAGAAGGAGGGGCAAAGGCAAAUCGAAUUUCGCGCGCCCAUCCAUCAGGGGCAACCCCGGAGCGCGGCCUCCCGUUCGCGUCUCUGACCUGUCUUCUCCGCCUCCACGCGCGGACGGAGCGGACCGGGCCCCCGCCGAUUCCCUCCCGAACGCAAAUCAACCCCUCCUCCUCCGCCUCCUCGACGCCGGAGCCCUGGCGAUUGGGCCGCGGGCUGGAUGUGGGGGUCCCGGUGAUCGUGCGCACCCUGUCGGAGUCGGGCGGCCUGUCGAAACCCCAGCCCUCCUCCUCCGCGACGGCGGAUGGUUUUCUCGGCCAACCCCACGCGGAGACCUACCUUCUCCCCCAGCGGGAGCUGCUGCUCCGCCUCUUCGUCCCCCCGCGAACGCGACGACUGUGCGGGCGGCACAACCGCGAUCGCCUCGAACGCCAAAUCCGCGAGGGCCAUUCCGCCCCCUCGGCGAGGGGCGUUCGCGCUGCGGAAAGCCCCGCCAUGGCGGCUCGCGCGCCCGUCUGGGGGGGGGAUCAACGCCGCACCCACGACCGCCUUCUCCGCGGGCGCUUUCAAACCGCGAAUGCCGCCAUGGAGGCGGCCGAAUGGGCCGCAUCGAAAACACCCGCCAAAGGAGCAAGCGGGGGAUGGGAGGCGAAAGGCCGGGAUGACCCCCCCCUUACCCCAUCCGCGGCGGAUGACGCUUUGACGAGCCAUGAAGUACGCGCCCUGCCAGGGGAUGUGGUGUUUAUUCCAAAAGGAUGGGCUUACACGGUGAGGCGGAUUGUGGGUUCCGUCUUGCUGGACCAGGCGCAUCGGGCGGAUGGCUCGGGGGAUUUAAGCCCGGCUCCCAACACGCCAACCAUCAACGGCCACCAUUCCUACAAAGUAUUGCCAUCUUCGGGAUGGGCCAAAAACUAUACCGCGACCUCGGCGACCCGAAUGGCGCCUCAAACCGGUGAUACUUCGACUUGGACCGCAAUCAACGCAUCCGAUGAAGGUGAAAAAAAUAAUGAUCUCAGGCCGAAUGGCAGUCCAAAGGGUGAAAACCCUUUCACGGUGAACAACGUCGAGGUGGAUGCCUUUUGUUUGCUCUACAAACCAUAUCCUGAGCUUUCUGAAGAACAGGCUCGCGUGUAUAUGCCAGCCAACUAUACGCACCGUGGCGUGGAAGAAUUUUACGAAAAUGGGGGAAACCCUACCUACUACAAGUACGAAUGA